AUGAAGCAGGAGCCAGAAAAAAGUAAAGGCAGUGCUGAAUGUGGAGUGAAUGCAGAUGUUGAGAAACAUCUUGAAUUGGGGAAGAAAUUGCUUGCUGCUGGACAGCUAGCUGAUGCGUUAUCACAGUUUCAUGCUGCAGUAGAUGGAGACCCAGAUAACUAUGUUGCUUACUAUAGAAGAGCUACUGCCUUUUUAGCUAUGGGAAAAUCAAAAGCAGCACUUCCUGAUUUAACUAAAGUGAUUGAAUUGAAGAUGGAUUUCACUGCAGCAAGAUUACAGAGAGGCCACUUAUUACUCAAACAAGGAAAACUUGAUGAAGCAGAAGAUGAUUUUAAAAAAGUGCUCAAAUCUAAUCCAAGUGAAAAUGAAGAAAAGGAAGCCCAAUCCCAACUUAUAAAAUCUGAUGAAAUGCAGCGUUUGCGUUCACAGGCCCUUGAUGCUUUUGAAAACUCAGAUUAUAUUGCUGCUAUCACCUCCCUUGACAAGAUUUUAGAGGUUUGUGUUUGGGAUGCUGAUCUACGGGAACUUCGAGCUGAGUGUUUUAUAAAAGAAGGGGAACCUAGGAAAGCAAUAAGCGACUUAAAAGCCGCAUCAAAAUUGAAGAAUGACAAUACUGAGGCUUUUUAUAAAAUCAGCACACUGUACUACCAACUAGGAGAUCAUGAACUAUCCCUCAGUGAAGUUCGUGAAUGCCUUAAACUUGACCAGGAUCAUAAAAGAUGUUUUGCACACUAUAAACAAGUAAAGAAACUUAAUAAGCUGAUUGAGUCAGCUGAGGAACUCAUCAGAGAUGGCAGAUACACAGAUGCGACCAGCAAGUAUGAAUCUGUCAUGAAGACAGAGCCUAGUGUUUCUGAAUAUACAAUUCGUUCAAAAGAAAGGAUUUGCCACUGCUUUUCUAAGGAUGAGAAGCCUGUUGAAGCUAUUCGAGUGUGUUCUGAGGUUUUACAGAUGGAACCUGACAAUGUGAAUGCUCUGAAAGACCGAGCAGAGGCCUAUUUAAUAGAAGAAAUGUAUGAUGAAGCUAUUCAGGAUUAUGAAACUGCUCAGGAACACAAUGAAAAUGACCAGCAGAUUCGGGAAGGUCUAGAGAAAGCACAAAGACUAUUGAAACAGUCACAGAAAAGAGAUUAUUAUAAAAUCUUGGGAGUAAAAAGAAAUGCCAAAAAGCAAGAAAUCAUUAAAGCAUACCGAAAAUUAGCAAUGCAGUGGCACCCAGAUAACUUUCAGAAUGAAGAAGAAAAGAAAAAAGCUGAGAAAAAAUUCAUCGACAUUGCAGCUGCUAAAGAAGUCCUCUCUGAUCCAGAAAUGAGGAAGAAGUUUGAUGAUGGAGAAGACCCCCUGGAUGCAGAGAGCCAACAAGGAGGUGGUGGCAACCCUUUCCACAGAAGCUGGAACUCAUGGCAAGGGUUCAAUCCCUUCAGCUCAGGCGGACCUUUUAGAUUUAAGUUCCACUUCAAUUAAACCAGCUGUUUUUUUUCCUCUCUCUCUCUCUUAUUCCUUACAUUUUUUUAAAGAUUAAAAACAAACCUUGUUCCAGGAUCCUAAAGAAAGAAAAAAAAUUCAAAUAUUUUAGUUUGUCCAUGACCAAAGAGUUGUUUUAAUAAGAAAAAUCUGUUCUCCAUUUUAGACUUGAGGUGGAUGGGUUUGUGAUGGCCGGGAGCUGAGGAAUGUCUGGGGAAGUGGUUGGAGGCAGGCUCACCUGGUCUGUGUUUGUCUAUGCUGCAGCAUGUAGAAAUGAUUUUCUUCACAGCCUUGCAUAGUAUGUCAGUGCCUAUGUGUAUAAGAAGAAGCUGUACGUAACCUUAAUGAGAAUGGGUUAUAUUUCAAUAUUCUUAAAGAGAAUAUUAACAUUUUGAGCUAUUCUUAGGGACAAUUUUGUUUCGAUUUUGGUCAAUACAGUCACUUGCAAAUAUUGUUAAA